GCCGAGGCCGGGGCCGGGGGGCAGGGACAGCCUGGGGUUCUGGCCGGGCCACUGUUUGGGAAGGAAGAAGGUGAAGGCACCGCCACUGGGUCAGGCACUCUUACGGUCCGAGGCGCUCUGCAACUGUCAAGAGGCAGGUGGUGAAGGGGCACGUGGCAGCCUCCAGCUCCAGCAGCCUUCGCUUCGGGCACAGUCGGAAGGAGGAGGGAGGCUUUUGUCCAGAGCUGACCAGGUGUGCUGUGCUGUGGACAGCGCGGGCACCACUCCUGGGAGCUCCUGGAAGACUUCGGACCUUCAAGGACUGACGCUCCCUGCCAUGCUGAGGCCUGGAGCCCCCAUGGCCUCACUGAGCCGAGCCCUGCGUGUGGCCGCUGCCCACCCUCGCCAGAGCCCUACCUGGGGCCUGGGACCACGCAACCUGUCCAGCGCAGCCGGCCCCACAGCUGAGAAGAGUGUGCCAUAUCAGCGGACCCUGAAGGAGGGACAGGGCACCUCGACGGUGGCUCAAGGCCCAAGCCGGCCCCUGCCCAGCACCGCCAACAUGGUGGUCAUUGGUGGAGGCAGCUUGGGCUGCCAGACCCUGUACCACCUGGCCAAGCUGGGCGUGAGUGGAGCGGUGCUGCUGGAGCGGGAGCGGCUGACCUCCGGGACCACCUGGCACACGGCGGGCCUGCUGUGGCAGCUGCGCCCCAGUGACGUGGAGGUAGAGCUUCUGGCCCACACUCGGCGUGUGGUGAGCCAGGAGCUGGAGAAGGAGACGGGGCUGCACACGGGCUGGAUCCAGAACGGGGGCCUGUUCAUCGCGUCCAACCGGCAGCGCCUGGAUGAGUACAAGAGGCUUAUGUCGCUGGGCAAGGUGUAUGGUGUGGAAUCCCAUGUGCUGAGCCCGGCGGAGACCAAGACUCUGUACCCGCUGAUGAACGUGGACGACCUCUACGGGACCCUGUAUGUGCCACAUGAUGGUACCAUGGACCCCGCUGGCACCUGUACCACCCUCACCAGGGCGGCUGCUGCCCGAGGAGCACAGGUCAUUGAGAACUGCCCAGUGACCGGCAUUCAUGUGCGAACGGAUGAUUUUGGGGUGCGGCGGGUUGCAGGCGUGGAGACAGAGCACGGCUCCAUCCAGACGCCCUGCGUGGUCAACUGUGCAGGAGUGUGGGCAAGUGCCGUGGGCCGGAUGGCCGGAGUCAAAGUCCCGCUGGUGGCCAUGCACCAUGCCUAUGUCGUCACCGAGCGCAUCGAGGGGAUUCAGAACAUGCCCAACGUCCGUGAUCAUGAUGCCUCUGUCUACCUCCGCCUCCAAGGGGAUGCCUUGUCUGUGGGUGGCUAUGAGGCCAACCCCAUCUUUUGGGAGGAGGUGUCAGACAAGUUUGCCUUUGGCCUCUUUGACCUGGACUGGGAAGUGUUCACCCAGCACAUUGAAGGCGCCAUCAACCGGGUCCCCGUGCUGGAGAAGACAGGGAUCAAGUCCACGGUCUGCGGCCCCGAAUCCUUCACACCUGACCACAAGCCUCUGAUGGGGGAGGCGCCUGAGCUUCGAGGGUUCUUCCUGGGCUGUGGCUUCAAUAGCGCAGGAAUGAUGCUGGGUGGUGGCUGUGGGCAGGAGCUGGCCCACUGGAUCGUCCACGGGCGCCCGGAGAAGGACAUGCAUAGCUAUGACAUCAGGCGCUUCCAUCACUCGCUCACGGACCACCCCCGCUGGAUACGAGAGCGCAGCCAUGAGUCCUACGCCAAGAACUACUCCGUGGUCUUCCCCCAUGAUGAGCCGCUGGCCGGGCGCAACAUCAGGAGAGACCCGCUGCACGAGGAACUCCUUGGGCAAGGCUGUGUGUUCCAGGAGCGGCACGGCUGGGAGCGACCAGGAUGGUUUCACCCCCAAGGCCCAGCUCCGGUCCUUGAGUACGACUACUACGGGGCUUACGGGAGCCGCGCGCACGAGGACUACACCUACCGCCGGCUGCUGGGGGCCGAGUACACCUUCGACUUCCCGCCGCACCAUGACUCGAUCAAGAAGGAGUGUCUGGCCUGCAGAGGCGCCGCUGCUGUGUUUGACAUGUCCUACUUCGGGAAGUUCUACCUGGUGGGGCUGGAUGCAAGGGAGGCUGCACACUGGCUCUUUACUGCAGACGUCAGCCGACCCCCAGGCUCCACCGUGUACACGUGCAUGCUCAACCAGCGUGGGGGCACUGAGAGUGACCUGACCGUCAGCCGCCUGGCACCCAGCCCCCAGGCCUCGCUGCUGGCCCCUGCCUUCGAAGGGGACGGUUACUACCUGGCCGUGGGCGGGGCCGUGGCCCAGCACAACUGGUCCCACAUCACCACGGUGCUGCAGGACCGGAAGUUCCGGUGCCAGCUCAUCGACAGCUCUGAGGACCUGGGCAUGAUCAGCAUCCAGGGCCCUGCCAGCCGGGCCAUUCUGCAGGAGGUGCUGGAUGCCGACCUGAGCAACGAGGCCUUCCCCUUCUCCACCCACAAGCUGGUGACGGCCGCCGGGCACCUGGUCCGGGCCAUGCGGCUGUCCUUUGUCGGGGAGCUGGGCUGGGAGCUUCACAUUCCGAAGGCGUCCUGUGUGCCUGUGUACCGGGCUGUGAUGGCUGCCGGUGCCAAGCAUGGCCUCAUCAAUGCAGGGUACCGUGCCAUCGACUCCCUGAGCAUCGAGAAAGGCUACCGGCACUGGCACGCGGACCUGAGGCCGGACGACAGCCCCCUGGAGGCAGGCCUGGCCUUCACCUGCAGGCUGAAGUCGCCCGUGCCCUUCCUGGGACGGGAGGCACUGGAGCAGCAGCGGGCCGCGGGCCUCCGCCGACGCCUGGUGUGCUUCACCGUGGAGGACAAAGUACCCAUGUUCGGCCUGGAGGCCAUCUGGAGGAACGGCCAAGUGGUGGGCCACGUCCGGAGGGCCGACUUUGGGUUUGCCAUCGACAAGACCAUUGCCUAUGGUUACAUCCGCGACCCCAGCGGCGGGCUGGUCUCACCGGACUUUGUGAAGAGCGGGGACUACAUGCUGGAGAGAAUGGGGGUGACCUACGCUGCCCAGGCUCACCUGAAGUCUCCCUUCGACCCCGACAACAAGAGGGUGAAGGGAAUCUACUGAGGGCCCAGCCCCCAUGCCCCAUCCUAUGUCCUCCAGCUAUGCCACAGGUCCCAAAUGGCCAUGGACCCUGAACCCAUCCAGAACUUGGGCCCUCCCUGUCCCUAGUCUAGGCCUAGUCCUUCUAAAACCCCCAAAACCAGAUAUGGACAGAGACCAAGAUGGCCCAUCCUGGGGUCACGGACCAGAAGGUGCCAAUCCACCCCAAUCCUCCCGGAAAUCAAGCCUGAAACUGGCUUGGGCUCAGGGACCACAGCUUAUAACCCUCUUCAGGCUUCUAGAAGGUGCUUAGUAAAUACUUGGUAAGCCCUAUGUGAAAACAGGCAGGCAAA